CCAGCGAGGCGCUCAGAGCGGAUACACGGGCGGAAGGAGAGCUUCAUGCCGCUGCCGCUUGCGCAUUAACCGGGACGUUUUCCUCCCCAAACCCCAGCGGGAUAUUUACCACGGAAUUCGAGCGGAAAUAGAGACACAUAAAGGACGAGAAAAAGUGUCUCAAUGGAGCUAAGCUUAGGCCGGGGCUCGCUUCUCCUCUUCCUCCUGACAGCACUCCAGACUGGCACGGACGGCAGAAGCUCCAUACCAUGCAGGCCUGGUUUUUCUGAAGACGUAUACGACGCACCGAUGCCUGAAACCCUACUGGAGGGACAGCCGCUUCUCACCGUGAGGUUCCAUGACUGUGGACGAGGAGGACGAGUGCACUUUGAGUGCAGCCAGCCGACAGGUUUCCGCAUCGAGAUCACCGGGGAGGCGUUGGCUCUCUGGAAACUCCAGCCGUCUUUAUCCUCCUCAUCCUCCUUCUCUUCUUCUCCGCUGCUUGUUAUAGCGCGAGAUGUCUCCACACACGAGCAGUGGCAAACCCAGAUCCGGCUCGGGCCGUCAGGAGGCCACGAGUCACAGGAGGCGCUCGAGUCCAGGAGACUGCCGGAGAUUAUAAUCCCCUCGCAGCAGGUGAACAGCCAGAUCAAACGCAUGAAGAGGGACUGGGUAAUUCCUCCUAUUAACGUCCCGGAGAACUCCAGAGGACCUUUUCCACAGGAGCUGGUCAGGAUCCGCUCGGACCACGAUAACAAGGUGAACCUACGCUACAGCGUGACCGGCCCCGGAGCUGACCAACCGCCCACCGGCAUCUUCUCCAUCGACCCCAUCUCAGGAGAACUGAGCGUGCUCAAACCACUCGACCGCGAGCACAUCGCCAGCUUCCACCUGAGAGCGCAUGCAGUGGAUCUGAACGGCAAUCAAGUGGAAAACCCUAUUGACAUUGUGAUCAACGUGAUCGACAUGAACGACAACCGACCGGAGUUUGUUCAUCAGAUCUGGAAUGGGACUGUACCAGAGGGCUCCAGGCCAGGCACGUCUGUAAUGACAGUAACAUCCGAGGAUAAGGACGACCCGCGCACGCAGAACGGCAUGCUGCGCUAUAAGAUCCUGUCCCAGAACCCCGAUAGCCCGAGUGCCAACAUGUUCACCAUCAACAACCGCACUGGCAGCAUCAUCACCGUGGCGGCCGGGCUGGACCGAGAGAAAGUUCCUCAGUACACGCUGAUCAUCCAGGCCACGGAUAUGGAAGGGAACCCGAUGUACGGCCUUUCCAACACUGCCACGGCCGUCAUCAGAGUGACUGACGUCAACGACAAUCCACCGGAAUUCACCACCGACGCUUUCUACGGUGAGGUGCCGGAAAAUCGUGUGAACGUGAUUGUGGCCAAUCUGACGGUGACGGAUAAAGACCAGCCCAAUACGCCAGCAUGGAACGCAGUGUAUAAGAUCACAAGUGGAGAUCCGACUGGCCGCUUCUCCGUCCCCACUGACCCCACCACCAACGAGGGACUGGUCACCGUUGUCAAGCCCAUCGACUACGAGACAACCCGGACGUUUGUGCUCACUGUAGUGGUGAUGAACGAGAUCCCACUAGAGCGAGGCAUCCACCUUCCCCGCCAGUCCACCGCCACCGUCUCUGUCCGUGUUAUCGACGUCAACGAGAGCCCUUACUUCGAGCCCAAUCCCAGGCUCAUCAGGCUGGAUGAGGGCAUGCCGGCCGAGUCGGCUCUCACCACGUUCGUAGCCCAGGAUCCGGACCGUUUCAUGCAGCAGAUCAUCAGAUACUCGAAACUCUCAGACCCAGCUGAUUGGCUGAGAAUCGACCCAAACAACGGACGCAUCACCACCAUCGCUGUUCUGGACCGAGAGUCUCCGUAUGUUCAGAAUAACCUGUAUAACGCUACGUUCCUCGCCACCGAUAACGGCAUUCCUCCAGCCAGUGGGACGGGCACCCUGCAGAUCCUGCUGCGCGACAUUAAUGAUAACGCUCCUCAGGUGUUCCCUCACGAGGUCGAGAUGUGCGAGAAACCCGAAACUAACAGCAUCAACAUCACGGCGCUGGACGGAGACCUGAACCCCAACGCCGGACCCUUCGCCUUCGAGCUGCCUCCACGGCCCAGUGACAUCAGGAGGAACUGGACUCUCACACGCAUCAAUGGUGACCACGCCCAGCUGAACCUGAGGAUCGGCUUCCUAGAGAGAGGCAUCUACGAAAUCCCGAUCCACAUCACCGACUCCGGCAACCUGCCCAUGUCCAACACGUCCUACCUGCGCGUCAAGGUGUGUCAGUGUGAUCAAAACGGAGACUGUACUGAUCAGGAGUUCCUCGUGGCUGCCGGACUGGGCACCGGCGCCAUCAUCGCCAUCCUGCUCUGCAUCAUCAUCCUUCUCAUCCUGGUCCUGUUGUUUGUGAUGUGGAUGAAGAGGAAGGAUAAAGAGCGUCAGGCCAAACAGUUGCUGAUUGACCCCGAGGAUGACGUCCGAGACAACAUCCUUAAAUACGACGAGGAAGGAGGUGGCGAGGAGGACCAGGAUUAUGAUCUGAGUCAGCUGCAGCAGCCGGACACUAUGGAUCCGGAGUGUGUGAAGCCCGUCGGGAUCCGCAGACUGGACGAGAGACCGCUUCACCCGGAGCCUCAGUACCCGGUCAGAUCGGCUGCUCCACACCCCGGAGAUAUCGGAGACUUCAUCAAUGAGGGUCUGAAAGCGGCCGACGGCGACCCGACGGCUCCACCGUACGACUCGCUGCUGGUGUUCGACUACGAGGGCAGCGGCUCGACGGCCGGCUCGCUCAGCUCCAUCAGCUCGUCCAGCAGCGGCGGAGACCAGGACUACGAUUAUCUCAACGACUGGGGACCGCGAUUCCGCAAACUCGCCGACAUGUACGGAGGCUCGGACGAGUGAGGCGCAGCGAAAACGAGGGAGAUAACACACACAUGCCUGGCUUUUCUCUACCCCCACCCCCAUUCUGACUGAUGGAUGAGGACUUGAGCUUCUGUCAACCGAUUUUCCCCUUGAGAACAGACGGAUUUAAGCAGAAAACUAAAAUGUAUUAUGAAAAAAAAAAAAAUAAAAAAUGAUCGACAAAAUAUACAAAAUCCUAGGCUCAGUGUUGUAGUGUAGGCAGAUUUAUGCUUGUUGAAGGCUUUUGGCACUGAAGAUGAUUUGGAGAUGAGCGGAAGGGGAGACUGGGAAGAGAAGAAGAGAUGACGUCACUGUUUUUGGAUUGUAGGCUACCAUAAGCGCUCAGUUACACUGACUUGAAUUUUACAGUACAGAAGCACUGGGAUUUAACGUGCCUUUUUGUACAAUUUUUUUUUUUUAUUUUUUUUUUUUUGAUCUGAAGGAUUAGUUUGUAGUAUGUUCAAGGCUUUAAUGGUACUGACAUUCGGAGUAAGUUUCAAGACAAGAAAGUGUUAAUUUCUGAUCUGCUUCAUGAUGUUUCUUUUUCCUGGUUACCAUCUACAAAAAAAAAACUCGUUAUUUAACGAAUUUAUGAAGAGAUCAACAAAGAAAGAUCAGUGUACAGUACAGUAAAAAUGUCGAUUUUUUGUUUUCCAUUGAAAGUCACAUGUGUAGAUGGUUGCAGAUGGAGGGAGUUGUCAAGAAAAAGUUUUACUUUGCUUUCUGAAGUGGUAUUACAUUUUACAAAAAAAAAAAAAAAAAAAAUAGGCAGCAGUCGUUUCCUUUCUGCUCGCUCUCAUUCAUGUGCACUUCAUUCGCCGCCAUCUGAUGCCCUCAGUUUUUACUCUACUGUAAAAAAAAAUGUGUACAUAUUUCUUUUAUUUCUUCUUCUUUUACUUUCGAUGUAGUCGAUAAAGAAGUGCGAAAAUGGUUUCAAUCUUGUAAAUGUAAAAAAAAAAAAAAAAAAAAAAAAAAAGCAAAAAUCAGGUUACGACAUUUUUUUUUUUGCAUGUUUUUAUCUUUUCACAACGAUGGUUUAAAAAAAAAAAAAAAAAAAAAAGGACCUCUUUCCAAAAUGUAUGUAUGGAGUGCUAAAAACGAUUUCAGCUGAUGCAGGAUAUGUGGAAGGUACAAGUCGUUUUUUUUUUUUUUU